UUUAAUGUGAGCUUUACUGAGGUAUAACUUACAUAUGAUAAAAUAUGCCAAUUUUAAGUGUACAAUACAGUGAAUUUUCACAAUUGUAUACAGGCAUAUAACCACCACCACCGUUUGGUGGAAAACAUGUCCUUCACUUUUGCAGGCAGUCUUUUCCCCCUAAUCUGGCUCCUGGCAUAUACUGAUCUGCUCUCUGUCACUAUAGUUUUGCCUUUCUAGAACUUCAUAUAAGUGGAAUCAUACAGCUUGCAGUAGUUUCUGUCUGGCUUCUUUCACUUCAGUGUGAUGUUUUUGAGAUUAUCCAGAUUGUUGCAUGUAUCAACUGUUCAUUUCUUUUUAAUGUGAAAUAGUAUGUUUCAUUGCAUGGACAGUUUGUUUACCCAUUCACCAGUUGAUGGGCAUUUACGUUGUUUGCAGGUUUGUACUAUAACAAAUAAAGCUGCUUAUGAAUGUACAUAAGUCUUUGUGUGGAAAUAAUGUUUUAAAUUCUUUGGUUAAAUACUUAAAAGUGGGAUUGCUGGGUUGUGUGAUAAUGUAUACUUAACUUAAAAAAAAACCUGCCAAAUGGUUUCCAAAGUGGAUGUACCAUUUUACAGUCUCACCAGUAAAAUACAAAGGUUGCACUUUCCCAACGUUGUCCAUAACACCUGGACUGUCACCACACUUUUUGUUGUCCAUCUCAUCCUCCUCAAACUUGGCAUCUCAUUGUGGUUUUAACUUGCAUUUCCCUAACGAUCUAUGGCUGUUGAUAUUGAGAAUCUUUUCAUGUGCUGAUUUACCAUCUGCGUAUCUCCUUUAGUGUCAUGUUUAAUUCAAAUCUACCCAAUUUAAAAACUGGAUUGUUUUUCUUCUUGUUACUGAGUUGUAGUGGUUAUUUAUAUAUUCUGGAUACAGGUCCUUUAUCAAAUGUGUUUUUCAAAUAAUUUUUUCUGGCUGCCAUUUCAUUUUCUUUUACGUCUAUGUUUGUGAGGGAUAGUGAAUAUUUUUCUUGUAACAUUUUUGUCUGGUUUGGGUAGCAAGGUAAUGCUAACUUCAUAAAAAGAUUUGAGAAGAGUUCUCUACAGUUCAGUUUUCUGGAAGAGUUUGUACAGAACUGUAUUAUUUUUUUCCUUAAAUGUUUGGCAAAAUUCACCAAUUAAGCCAUCUGGGGCUGGAGUUUUCUUUGAAGGAAAGGUUUUUAAUUACAAACCCAAUUAUUUGAAUAGAUAUGGGGCUUUUCAGGUUUUUUCUUCUUUAGUGAGCUUUGAUAGCUUGUGUCUUCAAGAACUUUGUCCAUUUCACCCAGUUUAUUAACUUUACUGGCAUCAAGUGUUUUUAUAAUAUUCUCUUAGUAUUCCCACUGCUCAGAAAUCAUAAGGCAUUAAAGGGCCAUCCAGUGCCAGAAGUGCAGACAGGUAUCUGUAAAACAGGGUAUGAGUGCCUCAAAGGCAGAACUAGGUCUCAUGUGUUUCUGUGUUUCCAGCACUUAGCCCCAUGGCUGGCACAUAGAAUGUUACCAAACAGGGUUUGUUGAGUGAAUGAGGCAAUGAUAGAAUUAACUUUGAGUAAGUGAAUGAACAAUAGUAUGUGAAAGACAGGAGGAUGUCAGGUGACAAGUUAUUAAGUGGCCAUGGCACUUUUAAGAACUGAACUUACAACAUUUAUUUUCUUAACUGUUAAAUAGGAAUACUUUUUAGUAGCAUGGGAGAAUAAUUUGCAUGUGUAUCUAUUUGUACUUACAUAUCCAUUCAUUCAAAAAAGUGUUCAUUAGAUGCCUAUUAUUUUUAUUAAAUGCACACUUGCAGGUCCUGGGCAUACAACAGUUUCCAUUUUAACCAUUUGUUUUAAAAAGGCCUCUUGCAGUGAUGAUCACCUUCAGUAAGUGAAAGUGUUGAUUAAGCAUUGGUCCCUGGGGCAAAUUCAAGCAUAUUUCCAUUAGCUACUGAUUGGCUCUGAUUUUUAAAAGUUCUCUUUGAGAAAAGAACCGAACCUCUAGUUGCCUUUUUUUUUUUUUUUUUUUUUUUUUUUUUUUUUAGGAGAGCAAGGCAGAAGCUUUUAUUUAGAGAGAAAGCAAGAGGACAGAGCUCCUGGCUCAGGCCAGGAGGGGACAAGAGAGCCCCCUCUAGUUGCUUUUUUAAUUUUAGCCAUUAAUGUUUAAUUUGGGAGCAUCAUAUUUAAUGAUUUUUAAAAAGCAACAGGUCAAGUCUAUAUAGGUGAUGGAUGAAAAAACUAGAUAACCAAGAAGACAGAUGAUAGGGAAUCAUUCUUCCAAUCGAACUGAUGAUGUCACUGGAGAACAGUUUAGUUAGAACCUGAUGUCUGGCAGUUACAGGGAGCUGUGUUUAGCCAGAGGGUAGUCAAGAGCUGCCCUGGAGCCCGUAACCCUAAAGCAGCCAACAUCGUGUGUACCAGAGACAUAGGAUGACUGACAGAGUGAUCCAAAAUGGAGAAAGAUGAGCCCCCAAAGUUGGUGACCCCUGCAUCAGUGAAAGCCAUCAUCUCGAGGAUUGAGGCUGCCCAGCUAACUCGGGCUCAGGAGGAUAUUUCUUCCCAGCUCUCAGACAUCUUGGACAAUGUCAACUGUGUCAUCAACCGCUUCCAGGAAGAAUUAGGAUAUGACUUAAAAGAAAAGACAAAAUCUCAUCAGAUGGAGAAAAGAGGCAAGAAAAGAUUUGUCUUGCUGGCGAAAAUUGCCUCCUUCUCCAAAGAUGCUAAGAUGAAAGAGAAGCACUUGUAUAAGAUUCUCCACUGGCUGGGUGACUGGGAUGACAGUCUGACAUAUGAGAUCAGGAAUAGAAAGAAUAAGGAGGAAGAGGAAGCCCUGGAUGAAUGGAUCGACGUGAUGGAGAAGGUCUUACCUCUCUCUCUCAUCACCACCAAAGGAGGCAUUGAGUCUCUCAUUUCCAUUUGCUCUGCUCUCAUUGAAGGACAAAAAAAAAAAAAAGACACAAAGUAGGUUCUGUCCACACGCACCUUCUGGCAGGGCUGGCAGGAACAAAGCCUGCAAAAAUUGACAUCCUACCCCCAGCCACUGAGCCCAGAGUGGAUGCUCCAGGACAAGCAGACUACUUGCACUAGUGUCUGCGAGGUGAAGUCCAUGCUGCAGGAGCUCCUGGAGUCCACCAUAUUUAGCCAGGGGGAAGUCAGGGCCAUCAGGUACAUGUCCACUGUGGUCGAGAACCUCAAUAAGGCCUUGAUCAUCCAACACAAGGAGAACAGGAGCCUGGAGACCAAAUAUACAUACCUGAAAAUGGAGAUGCCCAAAGAAUUCAGCAGCCAGAGGCUGUACUUCCAAAAGUCCCUUCAGGUCCUUGAGAAUAAGAGGGAUGCCCUACUAAAGCAGGUAGAAGUUCUAGGGGAAAAGUACCAUGACAUUCUCCUGAUAAAGCAUGCCUUAGAAUUCCAGCUGAAGAAGGCUCAGUCUGCCAGACAUCAAGCAGAAGACCUAGCCAAGAUCAUCAUUAACUCCCUGGGCCCCCCUGAGAAAGAGACUCCCCCAAAGAAAGAAACAGUCAUUUCUGUUGGGGAAGAAACCCAACAGGAACCCAAGGAGGUGGAGCAGUUGUUUUCACCACCCUCCCCAAGUCCCAUGGCCAGUUGGAACAGUGGUGCUGGGCCUUCAACCCUUCAGCCACUUCCCACCAUGACCACACACUCCGGGACUGCAGAUGUGUACAGCAGCAAGGACACUGAGUGUCUCCAGCCUGUGUUGCUGUCCUCAGUGGACCACAAGUUCCCUAAGAGAUGGGAAAGGCCAGCUGAAGGAAGCCCAGGCCAAAAAGUCGAAGACCAAAAGGACUUCUUCCAGGAAGCAGUCCAGGAGGAGGAAGGACUCCAAAUUAAGUCCCAGUUUAGGAAGCAGCUGUCCCCAGAGAGCUCCAAGAAGGUGGCUCUGGAGAUCCAGGGGGAGCACUGGGGAGAGGAACUGAGCUGGGAGAGGCAGAGGCAGUAGUGGUUGGAGGAAGAGGAGAUGUGGCUGCAGCGGCAGAAGAGGUGGGUCCUGCUGGAGCAGGAGCACCAGGAGAAGGUGCGGCAGUGGGAUACAGAGGAGGUGGCGAGGGAGCAGCGGCAGAGAUUGGGCCAGCCAGAAAGGACACGGGGAGAGCCACAGAGGGAGCCAGAGUGGCCAAAGGAGGGCCCAGAGAGGAUGGUCUUCCUGACCGCCAGUCGGUGGAGGGACUUGCAGAAGGCAGCAGUGGCACCUCCCCCAAGCUGGGUCCAGUCUGCUCACCAAGGCAGGAGGCCAAGCUUGUCCUGGUCCCCUAGUACCCAGCAGCCUGCCUCCAGAAAUCAGAGGAUUAUGAGUUCAGCCAAGUUUACCCAGAAGCCCUGCACCUGCUGGGUUCCCAUGAAGUUCAAGAAAUCAGCCUCCUUUCCUGUCACAGGGUCAUCCCUCCGAAAGGUAACCCAGCCCCCUUUGCAUAUAUCCCUGGUAACUGUUCCAGGGAAGGUCUACCACAUGGAUGUGGAGGCCCUGAGGAAGAAUCUGCAGUUCCUGAGUGAGGAGGCUGGGCUGGGGCUGCCCUACUACCUGCGCAGCAACGCUCUGGAUCUCAUCACCUCCAUGAUGGCCCUGAACACACUCAGACUGCCGUGCCUGUGCUAUAAGUACAUCCUCUACAGACGUUUCUGGAGCCUCCAACAAGAAGUGAUCAGUCAUGUAUAAGUCAUGCGAGAAACAUGGGCUGCCUACAAGGCCCAGAACCUCUAUAUCUUCCUGGAAAACAUCGACUACCUGCAGAACCUCUGGCUGCAGGCCUGGACAGACAGGCAGAAAGGCCUGGAGGAGAAGUAGCGAGAGUGCCUGAGCAGCAUGGUGGCCAUGUUCCCCAAGCUCCAGCUGGAGUGGAACAUUCACCUGCACACCCCUGUGCUCAUAUCCCCAAAGUCAAGGAAAAGCAAGCCGCCACCACCCUUACUCCAGCGCACCCAAUCUAGACGGUCUGCUGGAGGCGAGCAGCCCCUGGAGCAUGUCCUGUCCAAGUACCAGGAAUGCAUUAUGCCCCUGGGGAUGGCCUGCCAACAGGGGAACCAGAUGGAGGCCGUCUGGAAGGCUGAUGUGGCCUCCUCCAGUCACCCAAAGAAGACCCCCACCAGCCUGCUCCAGGACCGUCUAGGGGGAUGCCCAGAUAUUCCCUGGCUGUUCACAUUGGAUGUGCAUUCCUUCUACCACAAAAGCUUGAUGUCCCUCAAGGCCCGCUCUUUCACUGCCUCAGCAACCCAGAAAAGGGAAUGCCCAGAACCUCCAGAUCAAUCAGCUGAACUUAUUCGUAAAAAGUCAAGUGAGUCCUUCCCUGGAGCCCUAAAAAGCCAGAAGGAUCAAGAAAAUCGCAGUCCCCAGUCCAUUGCUUAGCCAGUGAUCCUCAAACAUUACAAUGCCUCAAAGUC